AUGCAAAAGAUCGCAAACGACAACGAAGACUUUGACGUAACGGUACAUUGGGUACCGGGACACGCAAACAUCCAUGGAAACGAGGAAGCAGAUAAACAGGCCAAGAAAGCAGCAGAAGGAUGUCAGAAUAACAGCCCUCGCACCCGGCUUCCUCACUACCUACGACUAGGAUCGUUGCCCCUCAGUAUAUCCGCCCUCAAGCAAGCUCACCAUCAAUCAACUCACGCCCGCUGGUCAAGAAUAUGGUCAAAAUCGCCUCGCUAUGCACGCACGCACAGUAUCGAUCCAAAUAUAUUAAAACACUCAUUCAUUAAACUAACGCAAUCAUUCCCCAAACGCCUUACAGGACUUCUAAUGUGUUUACGCACCCAUCACGCCCCGCUGAAUCUACAUCUCAACCGAAUUGGAAAAUCCCUCACCGCCUCAUGCCCCCAUUGUCCACGCACAGAAGAAAAUGUACACCACUACUUGUUAACAUGCCCUCAAUACCGCCAAGAGCGUCACACACUCGUUCGAGCGCUAGGAAGAAAAGCAACAUCCAUCCCAUAUCUAUUAACACACAGCGAAGCCACACCGCACCUUGUACAAUACAUAAACGCAACUGGAAGAAUGAAAACCACAUUCGGUGAAAUCACCAUGCUACCGAAACGAGCAGACUGA